AGAUAUGUCAAGAGACCACACAGGUCAAGAGAAGAGAGAGGGAGACUGUCAUCUUUUAUUUUUCCCUAACUAUAUAGUAUUAUUAGAGUGCUAUAAUCUUUUAGGCUUCUCUUUUAUCCCUAGAUAUCUUGCUUCACUUGUUAGUUCUCUUAUUGUUUAUUAUAUUUAACUAGUUUCUUGCUACGCUUAUUCUUUCCGUGUCUCUCCUUGUCUGAAGCCAGAUAGAGACACGCAGUUUGGGUUCCGAUGGCUAGCCUGGUGUUGUCAGAAUGUGGCUUAAAGCCUCUCCCUCAAACUUUGCAUAGACCUAGAACUGGGAUCAUCUCUCACAAUAACCCUUCAAAGACAAGAUUUUUAUUCACCAACAGGACACUCACAGAUAUAAAAAGACUCCCUUUCGAUAAGUUUUCAAGAGGGUGUUUUAGGGAGAGGAAUUGGGGGCUUAAAGUGAGUGCUCCGUUUAAGGUUGCAUAUGGUGAGGAAGAUAAUAAAAUUAAUGGCUUUAAUGGGUUGGGAGAAGAGGAAAUAGAAUUCGAUCCUGGCUCACCACCUCCAUUUAAUUUGUCUGAUGUUAGAGCUGCUAUACCAAAGCAUUGUUGGGUUAAAGAUCCAUGGAGGUCAAUGAGUUAUGUUGUUAGGGAUGUGGCUGUGGUUUUUGGUUUAGCUGCAGUUGCUGCUUAUCUUAACAAUUGGCUUGUUUGGCCUUUGUAUUGGGCUGCUCAAUCGACAAUGUUUUGGGCAAUUUUUGUUCUUGGACAUGAUUGUGGCCAUGGGAGUUUUUCCAAUAACCACAAUCUAAAUAGUGUGGUGGGGCAUAUCUUGCAUUCUUCAAUUCUUGUUCCUUACCAUGGAUGGAGAAUUAGCCAUAGGACUCAUCAUCAAAACCAUGGACAUGUUGAGAAGGAUGAAUCAUGGCAUCCGCUGUCUGAGAAAAUAUAUAAAAGUUUGGACGACAUGACAAAAAAGCUACGAUUCACUGUGCCAUUUCCCAUGCUUGCAUACCCCAUUUAUCUUUGGAGCAGAAGUCCUGGAAAAACCGGUUCACACUUUCACCCAAACAGCGAUUUGUUCGUCCCAAGUGAGAAAAUCGAUGUGAUCACUUCUACCGUGUGUUGGACUGCAAUGGUUGCUUUGCUUGUUGGCUUAUCCUUUGUAAUGGGUCCUAUUCAACUGCUUAAUCUCUAUGGAAUUCCAUAUGUGGGUUUUGUUAUGUGGCUGGAUUUAGUGACUUACCUGCAUCACCAUGGUCACGAAGACAAGCUUCCUUGGUAUCGUGGAAAGGAAUGGAGUUACCUGAGGGGAGGGCUUACGACACUUGAUCGUGACUAUGGAUGGAUUAACAACAUCCAUCAUGAUAUUGGAACCCAUAUCAUUCACCAUCUGUUUCCUCAAAUCCCACACUAUCACUUGAUCGAAGCAACUGAGGCGGCCAAACCAGUGCUUGGGAAAUAUUACCGAGAACCAAAGAAAUCAGGCCCUCUACCUUUUCAUCUAAUCGGAGACUUGAUAAGAAGCAUGGCAAGAGACCACUACGUUAGCGACACCGGGGAUGUUGUUUACUACCAGACUGACUCUCAAGUUAGUCGCUCAUCAUCGGAAGAGUGAAUUCCCUGGCCUUCCUCAACUGAAUCACAGGAUAGUUUGCUCAGCCGCUUUAUAUUGGAGUUAUUUGCCUAGCUUAGACAAUCUGUCUGAGCAAGAUUUGCCAUGGUAAAGGCCAGGCUCGUUUGAUCUCAAUUUUUUCCUUCGAGAAAAACUCAUGCCUACCAGGAUUGACUGCAGAUCUUUCUUGGUGCCUGGGAAGAGUGUACAUGUAGGGGUAUUUUCGUAAUUAAUGCUGCAACAGUGAAGGAAAUAAUGUAUAUUAAGGAAGUGUGUUAGAUUCCCGUCGGUUGUUUUAUUUAAAAAUAUAUUAAAUGAAAUGAAAAUAUAUUAAAAAUAUAUUCAUGUA